UUAUUUUGUCGUUUAAUGGUGUUUUAUUGGUUUCAGGCGGUAGCAACAAUUGACGGGGAAAUAGGUCCGCAGCUUUCAGUAAGAAGAAAGAGAGAAGGUGUUGGUGCAACCUAUUUUGAUGCAAACAUGUAUCCACAAGGUUCUAUGGGUGUUGUGCCAGAAGCUCUCCGCCCUAAACCUGGUCAUUUGUCCCUUUCUCAGCAACGAGUUUAUGAGGAUUUUGUUCGGCUUCCCUGGCAAAACCAAUCUAUUCAAAGUUCGCACGUUCUGCCAGUUGCUACCACAGCUUCAUCUGGUAGUACUGGUCUCACUAGCACAUAUGGUUCAGCAUCCGGACAACUUAACACGGACUACUCACCAGGACCUGGAAGCAAAUUUGAAGCUGUUUCUCGUCCAUUAGAUGAAGCGAUGGAAUCCAAUUCUGCCCUCCAUCUUAGUAUUAUGUGUAAGAGUGCUUCAUCUAUUCAUGUUGGGGCGGCUGAUGGUGUUUCCCAGCAUAGUUCUGAAAAUGAUUCUGUUGUUGCCUCAUUUCCUUCUGCUGCUUCUGCCCCUGAGCUGCACUCUGUAGAGUCAUCUGAUGCUGUAAAGGAAUCUGGAGUGUCCUCACAGCCACCACCUUCACCUGCUGUAACUGAACGUCUUGGAAGUCUCUCAGAACCUUCCCUCACCACAGGGGCUGCAUUGGAAAAAUACCAGAUUGUUGCACAGAAGUUGGAAGCUCUGGUGACUAACGAUGCUAGAGAAUCAGAAAUCCAGGGAGUCAUUGGUGAAGUGCCUGAUAUUAUACUCAGAUGUGUUAGUCGAGAUGAGGCCGCCUUGGCUGUGGCUCAAAAGGUUUUCAAGGGUUUGUACGAGAAUGCAACAAACCAGAUUCAUGUUGGCGCACAUCUAGCAAUGCUGACUGCGAUUCGUGAUGUUUGCAAGCUUGUCUUUACGCAGCUCACUAGUUGGGUGAUUUAUUCUGCUGCCUCCGUUUUGGUCCCUUUUUAG